AUGAACGAAGAAAACGCAACUGAGGAGCCUGCAGCCAAUCCCACGGUUUUUCUAAAUCCUUUCAUAAUCUUUAAAAGGCUAAGGAAUCAGUUGCUGAUGCUGUGACGGAAGCCCCUUCGAGUACCAAAAUUGACGAAUCAAAUAACGGUAAUCUGUCUUUUUUUCACUUUCACUGGUAUGUCCGUCUUUCAUUCUUAUCAUAGUUUCUGCGUUUAUAAAAAUAAGCCAAAUGCGUGGUAUAUAACGUAUGUCUUAUCUUCGUGUCUAUCAUCUUUAUUAAUCCAUCGAUGGCUAGUAUAUAUAUCUAGUAUAUAUCUAAUGUAUAUCUGUAUAUAUGUAUAUAUGCAUAUGUGAGAAGGAGAAGACGCAGAAGAAGAAGAGGCGAUGUCGGGAGUGCCUAAGAUAUCGUAUAUGAUGUCUCUUACGAUAAGGCGAAUAAAACGUGAACAAUGUUUCGAUCGCAGUGACAAUAGACCGAUAGGAAUAGUUGACAGUUAGGAAAAUGAUCGAUUACCGUUGAUCAGAGCAAAAUAUUACUAUCUGUGUAUGUUUGCCUGACACUUGAUUAGAUUGUAUCUGACAGUCACACAGGAUGUACAACAGCUAAGUGCGGAGUCAUCCGACACUUUAUUUAACUUUCUUUGUCCAUGAUCUCAUCAGUGUGCACAAGUGUUCUUCGCACCAUUUUAUUCGUUCAGGGAGUUUUAAACAUGUGCAGUUUUUUCUCACGUCCGUGUAUCAGCACCCAUGCAGACUGGCGUAGGUUGACUGUUAGAAAUAGUUUUUUUGUCAGAAUAUGCUGUAGGAUAUAGGGACAAUAAAGCGCUCACUGUCAACCUUUACUGCGCUUACAGAUGGUUUGUGUUUACACGCUGGACGCUUGUUGUAACACUGCGCCUAUGGCGCACGCUUGUAUAUACGCCCCAGCAGCAGUCGUUCGUUUAACAUUCUGAAGUCUAAAAUCGUGCUCCGAACACGUAUAGCCAAUCCUUAAAACCCAAGAUUUCUAUCUGGUUUCCAUAUGUUAACGACAAAUAAAGAUGUAAAUUCAUUUGAAGUUUGGUGUGGACCUUCCCGCACUCACAAACUGUGAUGUCCGCCACAGUGGCACUCGGACGCCUACUCUGACGGCCCUGGAUGUGUGUUUCUCGUCCAUCAGUCUAUUUGAUCCAAUCCAUCCUUCAUUCCUUCGGCAGAUAGUCCAGCGCUUUCCCACUAACGUCCAGCUCCUCUUCCUACUCCGACCUGUUUUGAAAGUCAUAGUGGCUAAGUCAUGCCCAUGACUUAUACUGCCACGAAAAAUGUCAGGGACGUCGCAUACUAGGCUGUGGCACUGAGCGUAGUUUAUCCAACUAUCAAGUUAAUUUUCCCUGGUGCAAUUUUAUUUGUUUUUUGAUUAUACUCUAAGUCUCUGACUUUUUUCAUAUUUUGAACCACUAUACAAGUACUGUGUGCCGUUUUCCAUUGGUUUUGAUACUAACAUAAACUCAGUCCUGUUGCCCAUGAGGGUUGCACAAGCAGGCUGUGUGUUACUUUGGUUUUACGCAACUGCACAUUUUUUUUAAACAUGGCAUUUGGAAGAAUUGAAAGCAUCGGUUACGUAAAAACUACCACUUUCUGUAUAGCUCCGAAGUUGUUCCCAGUUUUUGCCAAUUUCUAAAGUAAACGAACGGCAUGGUCUUUUUGUACUAUAAGUGAAAUUCGUACGUCAUCUCACGUCACAGUAAAAAUGCACAUUGUACUUCAUAAAUGCUGCGUUCUUAAAAGCUUGGGGACAAGAUUAAUGACUCUCGAGGUAUGCAAUUAUACAAUUAAUCAUGAAGAGUCGCAGAGGAUCUCAAAAUUUGCGUGCACGUAGGGCCUGCAUAAUAUCUUCAAGUACUGCGUGUCUGUUUUGAGAGGAGCACAAGGUUCCAUGAAAUAACUAUGACAGGAGUUAUACGAAUUUCAGCAAUCAAGAAAAGGCAUGUACACGACGUACGAUUAACUUACAUUACUAGGACUGAGGCGGGUGACCAAAAAUUAUCCUUUUAAAACCGGCACUUUAUGAAGCAUAAGUUGCUGUCGAAUUAAUGUAGGUGCCGCUUACCAGCACAAUCUUGCUUAAGUAUCCAUUUGGUAUCCGUAGGCAUAUUUAAGAUUUGUGCUUCACACUAUAGUUCAUCGUUUUUCUUAACCAGUGGUGAGUGACUAACUUACCGAGUGCCGCCUUUAAUACCGUUUGAAAAUAGAUUUCGGGGGAUUACAGAGCGUCUAACUGAAUUCCAUUGUCCUUUAAAAAUAGUAAGUUCAUGAAUGCGACUUCCGUGGGUCAAUCCAAUGACAAAAAAUGUCAUGAAGAAAAAGAAGAAGCAGGGGCUGUGGAAAAAGUACUUCCAUGUUCAAGAUCCCAUAACAUUCGCGAAAUAUUCGGAGCAACUUAAUAAAUGCCGCAAGCAAAUACGGGUUGCCAGAAUUUUUCCCAAAUCCAUUAUAUGCACCAAGACGUUUUAUGGGUACAUGCUCAGUAGGAGAAAACACAGGGACAGAAUUGCAUGUCAAAAUGAUAGCCCGCGAAAAUUAUAAGCUGAAGGGCCACAAAACGUAUAAAUACUGUCCCAGUUUUUUCAAUCGGUCUUUACGGUGGAGUCCUCUGAAGACCAUCAGGAGUUUGAAAUGGGUGAAGAAAGGCGAGAGUUUCAAAUGGGCCGAGAUAUUGCCGUCAUUCAAUUCGCUGCCUCCUCCGUCGAAGUAAAAUGCGUCCUUAGUCAAAUUAAGCCAGACAAGUCUCCUGGACCCGACGGGAUUCCUGGGCUAAUACUCAAGGAACUAUCGAUGGCACUGGCAAAGCCUUUUCAAUGAGAUUGGGAGACUGCUUUCACAAUGGAAGACAGCCAACCUACUUCCCUUACAAAGGAGCGGUAGCAUGAUGGCAGCAAACAGCUUCAGGCCCAUAAACUUGACUUGCCUCUCAAGAAAGCGAUGGUGGUUCUAGCGAAGAGUGUUAUGCAGCAAUUUUGUGUAGAAAAAAUCGUACCAAGUUUUUAGUGCGGUUUCCGGAGAGGACGUUUCUGCCGCUCAAAGCUGCCAACUUGUCUGGAGGUUCAGACUAGGGCUCUAGAAAAGGGUUUCAUGACCGAUUUUGUAAACAUCGAUUUCCGUAAAGCAUUCGGUCUUGAUCCGCACCAACGCUUUCUUCAUAAAUUGAAUGCCGAGGUAUCCAGGAAGAUCUUCCGAGCUGAAUCAUGGCGUCUCUGAUUGGUCAAAACAUCGUGUCUGUUUCGCAGAUGAUGUCAGACUGGGUGAACGUGGCCAUGGUGCGCCCCGAGGCUCAGCUCUCGGGCCCCUACUCUUCAUCUUCUAUAUUAAGAACAUUCUUCAAUAAGUCGACUGCGGUAACAAAAUGUUUGCCAAAAAUGUUAGACUCUGACUAGUUAAUAAGAGUCCGGAUAAGCAGAAGGCCCUUCAAAAUAAUCUGCGCCCACUGCAAACGUGGUCCGAGAAAUGGCUCCUAUAGUUCAAUGUGCAGAAGUGUACCGACCUUCAUCUGCGUCCAACUGUCUGUCAUUCAAAUGCCAGCAUGAGAGUAUACCACCUAAGAGACAUUACUCUCCCCGCAGAAUCUUCGCAGACGGAUCUUAUGCGUCGAUACAGAGCAGCAUGAAACCAGCACUGCAAUGCACCAAGGCUGCAAAAAACGCCAUGUGCGUACUUCAUGCGAUCAAAAGAGCAUUUUUAACCUUUGAAAAAGACCCUCCUGGGAACGUUUACGGAACUCUUGUUCGAUCCUAUCUGGAAUUUCGUAUGCAGGCGUGGCGGCCAUGUCUUUCAAAGGACCAAACAUGCCCCCAAAUAGUACAACGCCGUGCGACAAAGCUGUAAAUGGUUUAAGAAACCAAUCUUGCAUAGAAAGAAUGAACUGCCUUAAUUUAUCCCCUCAGUAUUGCUGGCAGCAGAGAGGUAACCUUAUCCUGGUUUACAGGAUAAUAUAUGGCCUUAGCAUAAGCUGAGCUUUGAGGGCAUGUUUAAGUGGCACCUUUCGCCCAAUCUUCAUGGACACUCGAUGAAAAUACGCAAAAGAAUGUCCAGGCAGGGCCUUCGCUCUGAGUCUAUCAAAUCAUAGAGACGACGUCCCUGCACCUCUUUAAGAAACGCCUGGAUGGUUGUGUCCCCUGAUUUCCCUAGACUCUAAACCUGAGUUAAAUACCCCGCCACCCGAAAGGUUGUUUUAAUAAUAAUGCUACUUAAAUUGUGUGAGUACUCCUUUUAUAUUGAUAAUUUUCACUAUGUGGGUAGAGUCGUAUCUGGCAGAAUGGUAUUACUGACAAAGACAAGGGAGACUGGAAAGGCCAUUUCUGGCUUAUUAGCUGUCGUCAGCCAGUGAUAGCCAAGCCCGAAGUGUGGAACACCCGAGUCUCGAACUCGCGACUUGUUGGUUUAGAAGUCCACGCCUCUACCCACCGGGCCACGAGUCCGUUGCCCUGUCGGUAUUCGAUCGGGAAUAUACAGUUGUGUCUGACGGACUGGGGUGCAAUUAAUAGGGUUUCCAAGGCCAGUUAUCUUUACUAAAUAGAUUGGAAAUAUCCUUGAACUUACGUUUUUCCCAAAGAAUUACUUUCGCGCCUUACGACUGCUGAUUUUAGCAUUUUGUCGUCUAAUAAAUGCGAACCUCCUUAGUGGCUGAACUACACCGUAAAGAAGAGCAUUCACUUUGAGAUGCUGAUAGAGACUUAUUAAAUUCGUUCAAAAGUGUUCUGCUUAUGUUUGCAUAUCUUCUAAAUAAUUGUUUAGUGUUCAAGUCCAUUUAAAUAAUUAGGUUGUUUUAUUCAGCAGGCCUUAGCAUUUGACAUACUCCACAGCGUCCUACCUUGAGAAAGCGGUAUUUUCUUCUGGCUGCUUGCAUACUUUGCACAUAUUUUCUCUGAAAGGGCCUUUGAGUUUCAUUCGUGUUUUUUACGUAGACGUAUUGAAAUGCAUGGUAUAGAGAGAGUGUUAGAAUGAAAUCGCCCGAAUGGCUGCAAAAGCGUUUUCUAAACUGGCAAAAAUCUGAUAUCAAUAAACAUCUUAGAAUGUCCGUAGGACUGGUUUUAUCCCAGACAAACCGCCGAGUAAGGUCAUUGUGCUUUGACUGGCUCCUGUAGUUUUCAGAGUAACAAGCCAUCUUAAAGCAACCAUAGAACAACCUUCAGAAGCAAAAUGUUUGAAAGCACCGCAAUUACUAAAACUCAUGACGAGGUUUUGGGGAGAGACAAUUUGUGCCGUUUAAUUCUCCUUUACAGCUUUUGCGACACCGAAUGGUAUACUAUACAUAUUUUUAAACAACCGACUGCCGGGCAUGCAGAACGGCGCUUUUUGUUUAUUUGUAAGCGGAUUGAAAAUCUAAAUUUUAAACGACGGAUUUGAUUUUUUCCGUAACCGUGAUCAAAUAUUUAAUAUUUAAAGUACAUAUUGAAAGCAUCCUUCUUGUUCUAUCUACAUUUAAUUUUAAUAUCAUAUGGAGUAGAAAAUGUUAUUUCUUGUAUACCGCGACAAUUGCUUGAGAAUUAAACUUAACGAAGUCUCUUUUGAGGUCUGCUAUGUCUGAGCUAACUUGUCAGCUUGGUGAUUUAAGAGAAUGCUCGGAUCUCUUAUUGAACGAAAAUUGGUCUAACGGCGUAAGAAAAAGCCAUUUCCUGCAGCCAAGAGCAUUUGACUUGGGUUUUUAAAAAAUGGUCCUCUAUUUUGAAAGAAAAACUUAAAAUUCUUUGGCAUAUAAAUUUUCUUAUCCUUCUUAUUCCUUAUUUGUUCAUCACUCGUAAAUUGUCAGUGCUUUUUGCCAAGCUGGGCCCAGCUAGUUUAGUAAAUCGUAUAAGGCCACGACUGGCACUACCAAAAAUGACCACUUCUUUUUUGUUUGCUGAAAUUUAGUACAGGGAACUGCGGCGUCUGUUGAGGGGUCUACCUUAAAGGAAGAACCGGCGGCGACAGAGACUGCAGCCGAAUCUGGUCCGCCAACGGAACCUCUUGUGGAGACGGCGGUAACCGCUGAAGAGCAGAAUGUCCAAAUCGCGGAACCUUCAAACAUGCCCGCGGAGGUUACGACCCCUGAAGAAAACGCGGCCAAAGCUGACACUGAUGGUAAACCGCCUGAAGGCAAGGAGGGGGAGACAGCGCAACCGCACAACGAGGAGACUAUAAAUGACGAAAAAAAUGAGGAUUCGGCUGUCAAGGCGAUUGAAGAGGAGGUCGUCGAUAACGAUGUGGGUGACUUGCAGGCUGAUGGUAACGAAAAUCCCAAAGAGGAUGUAGAGGAGAAGAAGCGUGAAAAGGAACACCAGGAGCUGCUGGAGAAACACAAGGCGCUGCUUGAGCGUCGCCGACAGGCAGGUGAACUGAAUACCCAGUUCCAGACUAAGUUGGUUGAAUAUUUUCGUCGUAAAAGGGCGGAUGCAGCUGAGCAGGCAGUAGGCGAGAGCGGCGGUGGUAGCAGCCUGGUUGACAACACGGUCGACUUCAAUCAGCGCUACUCUAAAUACAUCGCCACUUUGGCCGAGACGCGCAAUCAGUUCUUAUCAAUGAAAGAAGUAUUAGACACUCAAAUUGCCGAACUAAAAGAGACGUCAAGAGUACGACAAAAUGAAGCGGCGACUUCUCAUGAAAAGGUUGUCAGUUUCGUGGUAUCUCAUGCAAAAAAGGCAGUCAGUAACCGUACUGGCCGACCCCUGAACAUAAAGGAAUACGACUACUUUUUUAGCCUGCUAGCCAAAAAGGAAAAGUUGGUAACGGAGGUCCGCCUGGAGAGCAUUAAGAUUCAGAACGAAGUGAACAAAGUUGAUGCCAUCUUUAAGUCGCAGGAGGACCUAGCUGACGGCCUUCAUCUAAUAGACUUUGAACAGCUCAAAAUUGAGAACCAGACUUAUAAUGAGAAGAUCGAGGAACGCAAUGAGGAAAUAGGCAAGCUGCGACGUAAAAUCGCAAAUACAGUGCAAAUAAUGACCCAUGUUAAGGAGAAGUUACAGAGUUGUCUUGCUGACAAUGCCAACCUUACACAUGAACUCAGUCAGACAGACAAUGAGCUGAACGCCAACCGAGAUAAACUGACGAAAAUCAAGCAGUCCCGGGACAGCCUACGUGCUGUGCAUGCCAAACUCCAACGAUCCUGUGGGUUACUAGGAAAACCCGAACUCCUUCGCAACUACGAGGCUUGCAUGGACGCUGUUUCGGCAAAGCGAGAAAGACUAAAUGAGCUCAGACGGGAAACAAAUAAAUACCUACAGCGGGCCGAAAAAUAUCGCGAGAAAAUCGAAAGCUUUCAGCACAGUCCUCGCAUGCCAUAA